CUCACAAGCAGCAACAACAGCUCCAGCAGCAGCUUACUCCAAAACUCCAUUACCCAAGCCAAAAUGAAGUGCUUCGUCGCCAUCGCCCUCCUGUGCCUGUUCGCCGUCGCCCGCGCCGAGGACGACAACAGCCUCGAGGAAACCGCUCGCUUCGGCUUCCUCUCCCUCGACAACAGCGGCGCCACCUUGUCCUUCAACUCGACCUCCCUGCAGACCGUCGUGGUCGUCGGGGUCAUCCUCCUGAUCCUCGCCCUCGUCCUCGUCCCCCUCCUCGGCUUCGACCUCGCCAAGCUCUUCGCCGGCAAGGAGAGCUACGACUACCCCAACUACGCCUACGACAACACCCAGGGAUACUCCUCCUACACCAGCUACGCCCAGAGGUCCCUCAACCUCCUCUCCCCCGUGCUCACCGCCCUCACUGAGGCCUACAAGAAGUACGAGUAAAUGAAACUCAAAGGUCGACGACUCCACCUUUGCUGACCAGAGAAGCCAAAGGGACCCGAUGGCCCUGCAACAUGACAUGACUUGACCUGUGAUAGGUCGUAGACCAAAGACUUUGAAUAAGGACCUUUUAUACUCAGACUGGCGUGACAUGAUCUCUUGGGCAUGUCUUAUGCCUUGGUGCUGACCUCCCCCCCCCCCCCAGAUGAGGAUCCUAGCCUAUUUCCCAGUCCCACCUUGACUUUCAUGGAUAUCGUUUUCUAUUUAAUUUCCUUUUUUUUAACGGAAAACGAAAAACAGGCUUUCGGGUAUCCCCCCCCCUCACCUCUCCCUCCCGGCCUCCUGACAUGCCUCAGUCCCCGGAGAGUGGCACCUCAGCUCCUCAGUUCUGCCUUCAGUCGUCCAGGACGGAAGGCGAGCGACCCCACUGUACAUACUGUAUUCUAGACCAAACACUAGACACUAGACUAGAAACAUUAGACCUUACCUGAGCUGAUUAAGGCUCAUGACUUCUCAUUUCAUUUUCGAUCUUUUAUACGGAUAAUUUAUUGUAUUUAUAUUGUUGAUCGUUGUAUUUAUUCUCAGUUGUUUGUUUAGAAUCAUACCAAAAUACCUCUUUUGUUGUUAUUAAUGUUUCCACAUCUGUAUAACUAGUCUUGUGCAGAUGAAAUACAAAGUUGAUAUA